UUGUUUUCACGCGGCGGCGAGGCGUGGUGUAUCAGUCGAAGUGCGUUUUGUUUACGACGUGAUACGGUUUCGGAUUCGACUGGAUUUUAUUCUCCUCGCGAUUUCCUUAAAUCGGCCGUUACUUUCCACGAUAUUUCUCUCCGAUUCUACGAAGGUUCAUUGUUGUGUUUUCUCUUAUUAAUUGUCGGGUUAUCAAGUGUUCAAUCGUUUCCUCGGCGCAUUUUGGCGUUCUCAGCCUAUGCUGUAAGGAUUACCGAUCACCGACGAAUUGGAUUAAUUCUGUGCCGGAUUAUACGUUUUCAAAAUUGUGCUCAAAUUCUAUGAUAUUCACCCAAUCUAAAAUGUGACAAAAUUGUGUGUUUUAUGUGUUUUUAUCAACACGGCUGAGCUGUAAUCGUAACCGAAUCAUUUGCCUAUUCGAUGUUCCCAGCUUUACGGAAAGCGAUUGAUGUGCCCGUUUAUCCUACCGGAUCCAUAUUUUCGGAAAAUCUCUUUUACUAAAUAGCCAACAUUGUUAUAUGGCCUCAGUGCAUAAUCUUUGCCAAAAUUUCAGCCAGUGAAUUUCAUUUUGUGUCUGCAACGCGUUAGGUAUUGUGAUUCUCACGGAGGAGUUCUCUUAUUAUUAUCUUCGCUAAGUACGUGUUUUCCCUCGAAUUUCAGUGAUAUUUAUCCCUUGGCGUCAUCUUGGUUUAUCCCGGUGAUAAGUGUUCCUUUAAAUUUUUUGCUCCCAAAGUUUUUGUGCCCCGAAUCUCUGGAUUAAUUUGUGUUUAGUGUUCUUGAAUGGAUAAAACUAUCUCUUCCUCAUGUACGUCAGAUGAAAUUUCAGUUCCAAGCUUGGUUAGUAAGCGGUCAAAAUCUACGCUUGCACUACCAAGCAGAGCUCUUACGCAAAUGGCGUGAAGGCGUACGUGAAGGUGUCGGUCCGGCAAAAUGGGGAUGAUUCUAUGGAUGCUGACCACAGUCCUAUGGAAGGCGGUUGAAAGUGUCGAUCUUUCACAAUGCUCGCUACCGUUGGGAAUGGAGUCCGGCACCAUUCGGGACGAUGACAUCACCGCCAGCUCGUCCUUCGACAGCAACAACGUCGGCCCCCACCACGGAAGGAUCCGAUCGGAGAUUCUGGGUGGGGCGUGGUGUCCGAAGCAGCAGAUCACUACCGAGUCGCGAGAAUGGCUGGAGAUCGACUUGCAUUCCGUGCACGUGAUCACGGCCGCCGAGACGCAGGGUCGUUUCGGCAACGGACAGGGUCAAGAGUUCGCCGAGGCUUACCUCAUCGAGUACUGGCGCCCCAAGCUCGGAAAAUGGGUCCGCUACAGGGACGUCAAGGGCAAUGAGGUGCUCAGCGGCAACACCAACACAUACCUGGAGGAGAAGAGGGAGCUGGACCCCCCGAUAUGGGCAAGCCGCAUCCGAUUCCUGCCGUACAGUUACCAUAGGCGCACCGUAUGCAUGAGGGUUGAAAUUUAUGGCUGCUACUGGAGUGACGGAAUCAUCAGUUACUCGAUGCCCCAGGGGGACAAGAGAGGAUCCGAGUGGGAGUUCUUCGACGCCACGUACGACGGAUACUGGGACGGAAUGCUCCAGAGAGGCCUCGGCCAGCUCACCGACGGCAAAGUUGGCCCCGAAAAUUUCAAAAUGGGCUACUACGAUAGUGAAAGAGGUCAAGGCUGGGUCGGUUGGAGGAACGAUACCAGGAACGCGCAGCCCGUCGAGAUCAAAUUUGAAUUCGACCAAGUCCGAGAAUUCACAGCCGCCCACAUUUUCUGCAACAACCAAUUCACAAGAGAUGUACAGGUAUUCUCCGAAGCAAAAUUGUGGUUCAGCGUUGGCGGAAAGUACUUCACGGGUGAUCCAAUCACCUACACUUACAUGGAGGAUCGGAUCUUUGAGCAUUCCAGAAACAUCACUAUCAAACUACAUCAUAGAAUCGGUCGUGCCGUGAAAAUACAACUUUUCUUCGCUUCCCGAUGGAUUAUGAUCAGCGAAGUGAAUUUCGAUUCUGCCCCCGCAAACGGCAACUUUUCUGAAGAGGUGCCCGUAUCCAACGAAGCUCCAGCUCAACCUGAAGUUUACGUGGAGAAAGAUUUUAGUCAUACUAGCUCGAAUGUGCCUGUUUCGACGCCCAACUCGGAGGACCCGACCUACAUGGCAGUGCUGAUCGGGGUGCUCAUGGCGUUCAUCAUCCUCCUGGCGCUGGCGAUCUUCCUGAUGGUCUCGCGGCAUCGGCAGCGCAAGUGCUUUGCCUCGCCACUGGCCACGAAGACGGCGCUCUCGGCCGGGAACCACCAGCACCUGUCGACCGGGAGUUCCUGCGGGACGGGGACCGGCGGGAGCUACAGCGGGAAGGAGGGCACCAUCGUGUCCUCGUGUCUCCCGCCCCCGCCCCCCGCCCCGCCCGACGCCGUCCUCCUCAUGGACCGACUCGUCAAGCUCGACGACUACCAGGAGCCCUACCAGGCCCUGUCGCCCUUCUACAGUUAUAGUAAUGUUGUCAUGCAAUCUGUCAACAAUAAUGCAGCUGUUCCUGCUGACGUCUCUUACGACUACGCAGUACCUGAAACCGGGACGAUCCCGCUGCUGAGUCCCGAAGCGAACCCGCCGCUGCCCUGCUCCGGCGACAAGGACAGCCUCUUCUCCAAAGGCUCCAAAGGCUCCUCCAACAGGAGCAUAAAAGACGAGUGCAAAGGCAAAAAGUCGCCAAGCCAACAAGAAGUUCUGAGCGCCUUGAAAAGGAGACUUGAACAGACUGUUGUGCCCGACUUCCCGAGGCAUCGGCUACGCAUGCUUUCCAAAAUCGGUGAAGGAGCAUUUGGCACGAUAUACGUGGCUGAAGCUGACGGGAUUCCCGAAUAUGGAAUAGCAGCAUCCCUGGGGAAAAGAUUAGUUGCUGUGAAAUUCCUUCUUCAAAACGCAAGUGAAAAAGAAAAAAUGAAUUUUCAUCGGGACGUACGGAUACUUGCUGCCUUAGAGGAUGUCAAUAUUGCCAGAGUUCUAGGCGUCUGUACCCAUGAGGAGCCCUUGUGUGUGGUCAUGGAGUACCUGGAGCAUGGUGACCUCAACCAAUUCCUCAAGUCCCAUGUUUUCGCCGAGGGUACACGAACAUUGCAAAUGGGAGUCAAAAGUCUUAGUUUCAACUGUUUGUUGUACAUGGCAACUCAAAUUGCAUCGGGGAUGCGUUACCUAGAAACCUUAAACUUUGUACACCGUGAUCUUGCCACGAGGAACUGUCUUGUAGGAAAAGCAUAUCAUAUUAAAAUAUCUGAUUUCGGGACAGAUAAUGAAUAUUAUAGCAGUGAUUACUAUAAAUUAGAUAAUGGAAUGACAAUACCUGUUCGCUGGAUGGCGUGGGAAUCCUUGUGUAUGGGAAAAUACACCACCAAGUCAGAUGUUUGGUCGUUUGCUGUUACCCUAUGGGAAAUUCUGAAUAUGGGUAGGAGAAGGCCGUAUGACGGAUUAUCAGAUGCCGAAGUAGUGGAAAAUCUAUCACAUCUAGAAACAAACAGUGGAGACUUCUUAUUCUUACCAAGGCCGUCUUCACCAUCCUGUACCAAUGAUAUCUAUGAUCUCAUGUUAGAAUGCUGGAGGCGUUUAGAGUCUGAGCGGCCCAGUUUCCGAGAAAUCCAUUUAUUUUUGCAGAGGAAAAAUUUGGGCUAUGCUCCACUGUGAUCAACCUUCUUGAACUGCUGAUUGCAAUUUUUCCCGCUACUGUAAUAUGCUGUUCUCUCUUGAUGUUCUCUACCUCAUUGUACUGCACCAUUUCUUUUAUUAUCUUCAGUCGAGCAUUCAUCUUAUGUUGGCUAAAAAUCAUUUUUCCUCGCUAAACUUAAAACUCUUCUUAACAGAGGGAAUAAAGUGAAAGAAAUAGGCUGUUUGACGACUUACUCCUUGAAAACUACAAUCCAUAACACACAAAUCUUUUCUCACUCAAAGUAAUUCUUAAUAUUACCAUGGUAUCAACCGAAUUUUUUUUUCAUUAUCAACCGAGUUUAUUUAGUUGCAUGUGAGCUCAAAGUUAGUUCUAUGUAUGGUGUUUGUGUGCAGACUUCUCAAUAAAUUGCAAGUGCAAAUUAAAACAAAAACAAAAUAAUUUUGCUCAAUUUUUGGAUGCAAAUCAAUAAGCAUUUAACUCACUGCCGCAUUCUUUGAAUCAUGUCCAAUUUUUCCCCUGAAAUUAAGAUCACUCGAUGGAAUGCCGUGUUUGAUCGAACUUCCAAUGAUAAGUUUCAGAAAUGGAUCGGUAGAUGGUAUUUAUGCAUGAGUGGCUGAAUUCCAGCUAAAAUCACCACACUCAUUGAGCAUUUGAUGAUGCCUGAUUUUAUGUAAAGAUAAAUCAAAAAAUGGGUCAAUAGAGAAAGUCUGAACUAGGACCAAAGUCACAUAUUUUCUCUUUAAAAUCUUACAUAGAGAAUAAUUCACACCGCAAGCAGUUUGGAAAUAAACUUCUGAAAGAGAUAUGAGCAAGUAUUUUUAAUUUGAAUCGAAAAGAAGUUAGGUUUUACAGAUGAUGUCAUGUAUUUUUGCCAUUUAAUCAAUGUAAAUUGUAGAAAACCCUUAUACCCUGUUCAGAAGCCGACUUGCAGGCCUCCUGUUGUGGUUUUUGUUUACCGUGCAAAAUUUUACUGAGAAAACAUGUUUAAAAGUGCUUUGAUUCCUACUUUGUCUAUUGGCCCAUUGCUUACUAAGCCACAAUUUUCAUCAAAGUAGCUGUAGGUAGGUAUACCAAUUUCAUCCAUUUCUCGAAUUUUAAUCACUGCUAUUUUUUUACUUUUUUAUUUUUCUACUUUGAUGAAGCAAGUACUUUUCUACAGUGUCAUAAAUUUUACCACCUAAUCAAUAAGUACAGCAAUAUAUUUUUCUUUUUACAGACAGAAUUUUGGCCUAGACCAUAAAGAAUUAAGAUGUAACCAAUAAUUUUUUUUUUUUUAAAAUUUUUACUGAUCCCAAUCACUGUUCAUAUAAAAAUCUAGCAAAAAUGAAAUGCACUGGAGCAAAAUUUGUAAAGAUACAUUUCUAUUCGGUCACUCUCCAGCAUCUAGAAAAAGGAAAGUGGGACAAGUUAUGCAAUUCAAUCAAACAUCUUAUUUUGAAAAAGGAGUAAAUGCUGUAAGGUCCUUGUGACGUUCAAGCUUUUUUCUAACAAACCUUCAAGUCAUUAAGCUUAUGAUGUACUGAGAAACAAUAAAAGUGUUGGCCUUUAUUCUUCUGAAAUUUUUGAAGAAAUUCAAUUUUCAAAGCAUAGUUGAAUAGCUCACACUCUAAAAAUAGUAAAGGUAUGUAUCAAUCUUGAAUUAUGAUCGAAGAAAAACUGGUGCUGGGAUCAAAACAGCAUCAACAUCUCCCUAUGAUACCCUUGAACGUUAUUUUUUUACCGUACAAAUCUCUAUAAUAUUGAGAUUUACUCUCCCUAUCGGGAAAAAUGUUAAAAAUGUACAUACUUUAUAGAAGCAAUUGUAGACAAUCUGUUACUGUAACUCUCUGAUUUUGUACAGUAUCUCUGUAAAUACUCAUCCCAUUUUUUAUCUCAGCCCUACCUUUGUAAUUAUUUACACUCAAAUUGUAAUUGAUGUGUCGAUAUUCUAAAGCAAUACAUGCCCAAAUUCAAAGUUUGUAGCAAAGCAACUACGUAGUUUUGGAAAGCAAGUGGAUUUUAUUUGGCUAGCCUAAAUAAUACAAGGAGUUUAAGUAAGCUGGUGAACAAAGUGAACUUUAUCAAGUUUUUAGAAUGGGAGUGUCUUUUUCCUCUGAGGAAAUACCAAGAUAACUUAAAUACUUCAUUUUAAAAACAAAAUGGAAAAAAUCGUAAGGACUGAUCUGAAUUUUUUUUUUCUAGUAAAAUUCCUGAAGCUCUUUGUCUUUAAAUUUUUAACUGAAAAAAUCAGAUAAAUAAAACCUGACAUUGAUUGUAAGAUUCUCUAAUUUUUAACACAGCCUGUCCAAAAGUUUGUACGCUUGCUUAAGUUGCCCAACUCAAAACUGGAAUAGGUAAUCAAACCUUUCAAGGGAAAAGAAAAAACAAACAUGCUUGUACUAUCGAACGACAAACAGAAAACAACAGAUUUCUGUUUUUAGUCCCUGAAGUUUUGAAUGGCAUGCCUCUUUCUUUUUUUCUGUUUUCUUCCACUUAAUUAAAAAUCUUGAACUUUGUAAAUGUCUUUAAAACCAAUUUGUAAAAAUCUUCACUGCACUUUCAUUCAUCACUUGUUCAUUGCUCUGUGUGAUAUUGCCCUUUAAUUUUAACCGAGGUUGCUCGUCUGCUAUUCCAAUAAUCGUUUCAGGAAUUUCCCAAGAAUUGCGUCACGACAAUAAACUUUUGAGCAUGUUCACAACUUUCCUCUGAUAGAUUUUUGAACUCAGAAUUCUUUAUGAUGAGUUAAAUUGGUAUUGCAAAGUUACAUCUCCACUAAGGAAAGAAAAAACGAACAGACAAGGGGAAUUCAUCAGAAUCUUCGGAAAAAAAUGUUUUUCUCCUGAAAGCCAAAAUCUUCAGUCUCCAGCGGAAGCUUUGUUGAAGUUAAAUACCUACUUCAGAAAAAUUCAGAAUCCCUACAAAACCGUCACUUCAUGUUUAUUUGACGUUAUUCAGAAAGUUAAUCUGAAUUCUUCAGAAAGUAAAGAUUUUUGGCUUCAUAUUACGGAGACGCAACAUCACAGACCUAAUUCUCAUUGCUCUGUUUACAUUUAAUUUUAAUACUCACCAGUACCAAGUAAAAAUUACUUCAGCAUGUGGAUUUUGUAAGAUCCUUUGAAUCUUCUGAUGUGCGUGUAUAUGCUCCUUGUACCUACUUACUGAAUUAGAAAAUAAUAUUUUCUAGCUAGUCAUAGUCGUAAGGAUCUGUAAAUAGGAAGUGCAUUUCAGUUAAGCGAUGUCCAUAUCAUCUUUUUUAAAUGCUUGUCACCUAACUAAAGAGUUCUUUUCAUUCCAAUUUUAUGAGAUUUUCUAAAGAUAGGCAUGUAGGAAUGGAAUAUUGUAUGUCAUAGGAUUUUUAAAAUCUUUGUAAACUUCGGUGGGUGACAUAGCUCCUGAGAUAACCAGAAAACAUUUACAGGAAAAGUAUGAUAGUUGAAUCGAGGGGAUAUUUUGAGCUCUUGUUCAGGAUUCUUUGUAUUGUCCCAUACUGCUGGCUGAUAGACAGAGAAGAUAGAAAAGAAAAUGGAGCAAACCAAUUGGUGAAAGCUUGUGGUUGCAAUGGACAGAGGAGAUAAGUAAUAGACAAACUAACUUUAACCCACUAGAGUCAAUCAUUUUCCCUGUGGUCUCUCACAACUAACCGUUCCAACCAACAGAACUGCUCCAUACUAUGUAGGUCUUCUUUGACCAGUGUAUCUGCUUUGUAUAUUAAUGUCAAUAAUCAGCCUCCUGGCUCAAAAAAACCAACAUGAAAACUGUCUAAUAUGAUUUCUCAAAUUUGGUGAUAGAAAAGGAUGACAUUUUUUAAACUUGAACAACUAACUAAUGAUUUAACGAAGAUAGGUUCGCAAUUAAAUUAGCACACUGAGAACCUGCCAUCUUACUUUAAUGCCCCCAUGUAUAAAUCUGUAUAUUUUGUGAUAAGAAGGUAAGUAGGUACUUACAAUUAGUUGAGACUGUGAAAUGAUUUUGUUAAUAAUUUGUAAUAGAUUGUACAUUAUGAAGUUAUGUCAAAAUAAAAUUAGAACAUAUCAAAUAUUUAA